CUUUCAUUAAUGAACUUACUUGCCCAGAAUUCGUCUUGACGCAUCCGUAGAAGCCCAUUCGGCUUUGUACCGAAGUUAAAACUUGGGCUAUUUUAUUCACUGAAUUUACUUGCCUAGAGUUCGUCCUCUUGCAUCGGUAGAAGUCCGUUUGGGUUUGUCCCGAGGUUAGAACUCUGGUUCUUUCAUUCAUCGACCUUACUUGCCCAGAGUUCGUCUUGUCGCAUCGGUAGAAGCCCAUUUGGCUUUGUGCCGAGGUUAGAACUCGGGCUCUUUCAUCCAUCGAACUUACUUGCCCAGAAUUCGUCUUGUCGCAUCGGUAGAAGCCCAUUUGGCUUUGUGCCGAGGUUAAUACUCGGGCUCUUUCAUUCAUUGAAUUUACUUGCCCAGAAUUCGUCUUGUAGCAUCGGUAGAAGCCCGUUUGGCUUUGUCCCGAUGUUAGAACUUGGGCUCUUUCAUUCGUUGAACUUACCUGCACAGAAUUCGUUAUCUAGCAUCGGUAGAACCCCAUUUGGCUUUGUGCCGAGGUCAAAACUCGGGCUCGUUCAUUCAUUGAAUUCACUUGCCCAGAAUUCGUCUUGUCGCAUCGGUAGAAGCCCAUUUGGCUUUGUGCCGAGGUUAAAACUCAGGCUCUUUCAUUCAUUGAAUUUACUUGCCCGGAAUUCGUCUUGUAGCAUCGGUAGAAGCCCGUUUGGCUUUGUCCCGAUGUUAGAACUUGGGCUCUUUCAUUCGUUGAACUUACCUGCACAGAAUUCGUUAUCUAGCAUCGGUAGAACCCCAUUUGGCUUUGUGCCGAGGUCAAAACUCGGGCUCGUUCAUUCAUUGAAUUCACUUGCCCAGAAUUCGUCUUGUCGCAUCGGUAGAAGCCCAUUUGGCUUUGUGCCGAGGUUAAAACUCGGGCUCUUUCAUUCAUUGAAUUUACUUGCCCAGAAUUCGUCUUGUAGCAUCGGUAGAAGCCCGUUUGGCUUUGUCCCGAGGUUAGAACUUGGGCUCUUUUAUUCAUCGAGCUUACUUGCCCAGAAUUCAUCUUGUCGCAUCGGUAGAAGCCCAUUUGGCUUUGUGCCGAGGUUAAAACUCGGGCUCUUUCAUUCAUUGAAUUUACUUGCCCAGAAUUCGUCUUGUAGCAUCGGUAGAAGCCCGUUUGGCUUUGUCCCGAGGUUAGAACUUGGGCUCUUUUAUUCAUCGAGCUUACUUGCCCAGAAUUCAUCUUGUCGCAUCGGUAGAAGCCCAUUUGGCUUUGUGCCGAGGUUAAAACUCGGGCUCGUUCAUUCAAUAAAUUCACUUGCCCAGAAUUCGUCUUGUCGCAUCGGUAGAAGCCCAUUUGGCUUUGUGCCGAGGUUAAAACUCAGGCUCUUUCAUUCAUUGAAUUUACUUGCCCGGAAUUCGUCUUGUCGCAUCGGUAGAAGCCCGUUUGGCUUUGUCCCGAGGUUAGAACUCGGGCCUUUCGUUUGUUGAACUUAUUUGCACAGUAAUUGUCGCGUUGCAUGGCUAGAAGCCUGUUUGGCUUCCGAGGUUUGAUCUCGUGUUGGUUAUUGCGACAAUUGCACCAAUAUCUUGUAAAACGUCAUUGUGCUUUUACCGUUGGAAGCACCUGCUUGGCUUUGCCUUCAGAGUGUACUGCAGUGCGGUUGUUUCGCGAGUUCAACGAAAUUGUUAUAAAGCAGUUUUCUUGUCAAUAACAAGGGUUUCAUACAAGUUAUCUGUCCUCGCACAUUUCUGAAUGCGUCCGCAAACAUAUUUUAUAUGGCAGGUCACCAUAGCUCUUGUUUGUGAAGCUCCCGCAUUUUUGUGUUCGCCAGCACGGCGGUUUAGUGUCCGGAGUGAUCGCCACUUUCGGUUGACAUCCUCCCUUAGAAUCUCUUAGUGCACUUGUUUAUUUGGCUUUGACUGGUGGUCUUAUCUCGGAGUGAUUGCUUGACACAUUGAGCGGAUUUGUUGUAUAAUGUGGUGCUGGUGUCCGAAAGUUUGAAGUGCUCGUUUGGUGUUGCCUGUUUAUCUCGGACAUGUUUCUUUCUUGUAUACUCUCUUGUCGGGUGCGAGAGUUUCAUACAUGGCCUCUGUUUCUUUGCAUGUCGCUCAUCACAAAUUUAGAACCUCAACACGCUGCUGCAAAAGUGCACAAUGUGAAGAAGUGGGAAAGGGGUGGGUGCUUACCCUCACCAACAAACACUCUGGCCAAUGCAAGGGUUUCCAUUUUUUGAGACUCGCAAUAAAGCUGGUUCGCGGUGCUAGCCCACCGUGCUCGUAAUUUAUCCCGUGUGAAUCAUUUCGCUUCGAUGGAUGUGCACAAGCAUCCGCUUUGAAGUGUCGUGCUCCUCAAUCUGCAUACUCCCUCCUGUUUGUUACAGGUAAAUACGCACGCUAGAAUAUCUAAGUUCGUUGGACCAUGGAACCUUACCGAAUUUGUUGUAUCGUAGACACCACACACACCAUCAGGCAUCUGGUCAGCAUAUUUUGUCGAAGUGGGCCGUGUGGAAUAUUUGUCGUGUGCAACUCUUAUGUCAGCUGUUUGUACAUUGGACUGUUCCUCAGCUGUGACUGUUCGUUACUCGCCACCUGGCCCUCGUGCCGCAAUAACCCACGAGGCAUAAUCGGUGAUGUUCAAUUAUUGCAUAGAUUGUAUUAGCCGAUAAGUUUCCAUGACCAUAUGCUCGAAUGACUCUUUGCACAUUGCUUGAAAAGUCAAUAAAUAUGUGA